GGGUGGGAGGGUAAAGAGGCAGAGAAGCUCAGAGAGAGACUGGAUCUGCAUUAUAAGUAGCUAUGAGAGCAGCAAGUGUCGGGUGUUUUCAACCCGUUUUCUAAAAUGCUCUAACGCGAGGAAAAGAGCAAGCGGAGCAAAAAGAGGAGAAACCAAGAAGUGGGACAUCAGUUCUGAAAAGUCUGCUGUGAUUAGGAAGAAAGCCAAGCGCAAAGAAGGGAGGAGGGGAAGCCGAGAGGAACACAAGGCAGCAAUGGAUUGCAGAGUGGCUGGGCCUGACCCCGGGACGGCCUGCUGGAUUCACACACUGCCGCUGGACGCCGUCCAGCACACGCUCUAGGCUGCGAACACUGGAGAGGUACGGGACCGGUCAUCCCUCGAAACAACAAACUGAGCACAUAAAUCAGCACUUUAGCACCUUCAAAACACAUGUCAUGUGAGCACUUUGCUGCAGCAGCAGGGAGUGAAAGCUCCUAUGUGGCUGUCUAGCCAUGCUCCCUGGGUAUGGAUUCUCACCUUUUCCUGAUUUCCAUCCCCACCUUCACGCUUUUCGCUGCCGAGGAGAGAGCCCCAGCAUGUGGAUUCCUGGCUCCGGAGAGUCUCACAAUCCGAGCGAGUCCAAGGAGGGUCGGCCUCUCCUCCAUCCCAUCCAUCCCAACCACGUGGCGGUGUGCCAGCAGGAAACGCUGGCGUUCAUUGAGCUACAACAACCAGCACCUUCUAAGUUAAACGGUCUUGGCUCUCAGAGGCAGGACAGUGAUUCAGAUACACACUCUCAACCUUUAAAUGGUUUACGACAAACUCUUAAUGAACUGAAUGACAUGCAAAAAGGCAAACACAGGACACACACUGAGCAUGGAAUGAAUGUAAACACUCCGUCACACGCUGUGGAUGACGCUGAGUUUGUUCAGCAGAACAGCAGCAGGACUUCUUGGCAGGACCAAAACGAGAAGCCUCGGACAGUAACGACAGUUUGCCGCCCACUCCACGCAGCUUUCAGCCUUCCUCUGUCCUUUCCUCUGUCCUCUUUGUACACAAACAGGGACUCCUGGGAAUCUCAGGUACCUUAUUCCUCAUCCUCACCAGAAUGUCCAGAGUUUCCUGGCCAACACGCCAGCCAGCCUCAGAGGAGAACAUCACAGGGAUCUCUGAAAGAGAAGUCUAUUCGGCGAAAGGUGCAGGUUUAUUCUCCAGACAGCCCAAGCGAUGAAUCACUCAGCAGUCCAAUCCUGGAGGCAGACUACAUCUUCCCCGGACCUUUUGCCUCUUUUCUGGAGGAAGACCUCAGUGGACUAUCUUCUCUGGAUGCAGCUUCAACUCCCUCGUCCACAGAUGGCACGCAAGAUCUCCCAAGCAUCAGCCAUGGAGAUAUUUUCAGUGUUCAGUCAGAACCCUUGCAGAUAAUAGAGGACUCAGAAUCCGGAGCGGAGGAGGAGGAGGGAGGCAUCGUAGAGACAUCGCUUCACCCAGGAGUGAGCUUUUUGACACGCAGUCGACAAACUGACCAAGAGCGCCGGCGUUUCUCGGCUUCAGAGCUAAUAUCAAGACUGCAACUCUCCCAGAGGAAGAACUCGUUCACCUUAAAGCUGGGCAAGUCAUUGUCUGCUCGGGUGGCCUCCAGAGACAAGCAGAGCUCCAACAGCCUGAGCCCCAACCCGGACUAUAAGCAUAACUCUAGACAUCGCAGCUCAGGAGGCUCUAGCGACAGCGGCACCUACAGUCCUGUUGGAACUGGGCUUCCGCUGCCCAGUGGCGACAACGGGACGUCUUCUUCUCAUCGGUGGAGCACUAAACUUGGAAUGCGAAAGAAAUCCAUAGAGGAAGACGUGAGCGUUCCUUCAUCAUUUCCCACUUCAAAUCGCCUGUCACGUUUUUUGCCAAGCUCGAUCCUCUACCAGGAAUACAGCGACGUGGCAAUCAACCGAGAGAUCCAGAGGCAACAAGGGAAGGAUCCAGGGACAGAGGAGGAGGGACUCAGAGAUGAAGGCUCAGAUGGAACUCCAUCUCCCUCAAAUCUUUCUCCAUCCAGCUCCUUUCGCUCUUCUAGAGGUUCUGCAUUUGCACUGUGGCAGGAUAUACCUGAUGUGCGAACGAGCGGUCAGUUAGACACCUUCAGCAACGAGGAGAGAAAACUGCAGGAGGCAAAGUUUGAGCUGGUAACUUCUGAGGCAUCAUACAUUCGUAGCCUGACGAUUGCUGUGGACCAUUUCAUGUUGUCUCAGGAGCUCACCGAGUGUCUUGGGGCUCAGGAGAAGCAGUGGCUCUUUUCCAAGCUGCCUGAAGUCAAAGAUGUCAGUGAGAGGUUCCUUCAGGACCUGGAGCACAGGCUGGAGAAAGACAUUCUCCGUUUUGAUGUGUGUGACAUAGUCCUGGAUCACUGCCCGGCUCUGAGAAGGGUCUAUUUGCCUUACGUAACCAACCAGGCUUAUCAGGAGCAGACAUACCAGCGGUUGCUGCAGGAAAACCCUCGAUUCCCUGGCAUCCUGGCUCGCCUGGAGGAGGACCCCAUCUGCCAAAGGCUGCCCCUGACCUCCUUUUUAAUCCUCCCGUUUCAGAGGAUCACACGACUCAAAAUGUUGGUGGAGAACAUCUUAAAGAGGACAACACCAGGCUCCAGAGAUGAGGACACGGCAACAAAGGCUUUCAACGAGCUAAAAAAGAUCAUCAAAGAGUGUAAUUCCAGCGUGCAGUCUAUGAAGAGGAUGGAGGAACUCAUCCACCUCAACAAAAAAAUCAACUUUGAGGGCAAAAUCUUUCCUCUCAUCUCCCAGUCCCGCUGGUUGGUGAAGCACGGUGAACUCCUGGAAGUGGACACCCAGAUGAUGAGCAUUUCGGGAUCGAAACUCAAGCUGCCCACCAAGCCAGUGUACCUCCACUUGUUUAACGACUGCCUGCUGCUGUCCAGGAGGAAGGAGACGUGGAAGUUCAUGGUAUUUGUGCAUGCUAAGAUUGGAGAGCUGAAAGUGAAGGAUCUCAGCCAGAAGCUGCAAGGAAUCUCGGGCUUCAUCUUCCAUCUGCAGCUGUGUGAAGGCCAGCAGCUCAAACAUCAGAUCCUUCUCAAAUCACACACAGAGAGUGGUAAGCAGAGAUGGAUCACAGCAAUGUUUCCAUCUGAUCCGUUUGAAGACAUUGAGCAGGCCAGUGAAAAUGAUGACAUAUCCCAGGUGCAGUGCAUUAAAAGCUAUCAAGCCCAAGAGCACGAUGAGUUAACUUUGGAAAAAGCUGACAUUCUUCAUGCUAAAACCAUUACAAGUGAUGGCUGGGUGGAGGGCAUCAGGCUGUCAGAUGGGGAGCGGGGCUGGUUCCCCAAAACCUACGUGGAGGAAAUCACAAGUCGGAGCGCUCGCCUCCGCAACCUCAGAGAAAACAUCCGCAUCAAAUGUGUCACACAGAAACUGAAAGGGGAGGACUGAGCGAGCUUUUACCGUAAAGCUGCCAUCCAGAUGCUCGUUUUCAUUUAGGAUGAAUGUCUGGAGUUCUUACAGUCAGCAGGUGCUGAAAUAACACUUUUUUUUUAAAGACAGCAAACAUAUUCAUUUUUAUUUCACAUCUUCAGCUUGAAAAACUUUUCACCUGUGUAAGUCUGUAAAAAAGAAACAAUUCAAAGCUCAAAUUAUUUAUUUUUAUGAAAACAUUUUCACGACUCUAUCAGUAUAGUAUACAGUGAAAAAAACGUUGAAACAAAGAAUUUAACCCAGAAACAAAUUUUCUGCAAUUUCUCCAGCUGAAUAUAUCUUCAGAUUGUCCCAUGCAGUCACAGGACUGCAGAUUGUGGAAGACACACAGAAUCAACUCAAGUCAUCAGAUAUUUGCUGCUGAAAUGCCUCAGGACAGGCUUUAGGCAUCACUUCUUCUCUUCACAAGGCCUUAAACCUCUGCUCUGUCUUCUGCAUGCAACAAGAACUUCAGCGGAACGACAGAUAGAUUGAUUUGUCAGGAGAGUUUCUGUAUUUGAAACCAUCAAACCAACACUGAGACAGCGGGAAAUGCUUAAGUCAUCUCUUUUUAGGCUUUCAUACCAGAAAGCCGUAUUUGACUGGACUCUUUCACUGAUCAUAAAUGAAUGAGCAGGUGAUGAAGGCCUGUCUUAUCUUAUGCAAUAGUUUCAAAUUCAUCAAAGUGUAGAAAAAAGUAUUUUAUUACUCCGUAUAGCUGUUUAAGAGAAACAAAAGUCAGCUAAAAAACAGUUGACUUUUCUAAAACAUUACAAGAAAGUCCAACUCCUUUCAACUGGAACCAAAGGAAAUAUGUUUUGGCCUGAGUCAUUUUGCAAACUACUGUUUUUCUAUUUACAAAACAUGAAUCCUGAGACAAUGCAUCUCCCUGUGUGGAAAGCAAUAAUUUUCUGUUCAAACUGUUCCAUCAAAAUCUGUAAUUUACUUGAGUCCUGAGGCGGAUGCAUUUCUGAAAAACGCGAGCAGGUUUCUUUUUUUUUUUUAGUAAGUUUCAAACACUUCAUCCUUCUGUUGUAAAUUGUAGCCACAUUUUCACUGUUGAAAAUAAAAACACAAACAAUGAUGCACUAUUUACUACUGACAAAAAGACCUCCUGUGUGGGAUAUUUGCUGUUUUUUAAGAAUUUGUGAACUGACCAGAAAACGGUUGUUAAGGGAGACCUUUUUACAUUUGUUUAUUGUAUAUAAGGAAAAUAUUCUUUUCAUAUUUGCUAUGAAAAGUGAACAAACAUAUUCAGCUCCACUCAAACCUUGACAUACACUCACCAGCAUACAUGUCAUAUUGCUUUAGGGAUUUUCAUGAUUUGGCCAAGAACUGAUGAUACUCCCAGUUUAAUCAGUAUAACCAGUUCACAGCAACACAACAGCUUUUCCCAACCCUGGUCCUCCAGGCACACUGGCCUGCUGGCUUUAGAUGUUUCUCUUCAGCACUUCCCUUUCAGAUGAUUGCAAUUCAGCCUGUUAAUCAGCGAUCAAUUGAAAUCCUGUGUGCUGAAGCAGGAAAAUGCCUAAAACAUGCAGGGCAUUGUGCCUUUAGGACCAGGGCUGAUAUACAGAACAAUGUAACCACUGAAGUCCAUGCUUUGGAGUAGCAAGGAAAAGUGUUUAAAGUAAGUGGGGCCUGACUUGUCCACCGAUGGACCAGAAGAGCAUUGUGGGAUACGUAGUACAAGCAUCGCAUGCACUUUUUUACAUGCAAAAUCAUGCAAAGCUUGUGAUUUCGCUCCCUGGUCGAGGUGACUCUACUGGACCAAUCAUUUGAAUUCCUAAAAUAACACAACAUUUAUGCUCAUGAGGUGUGGUUGUAAACUGAUUCCAUUUACAAACAUGUGUGAAAAAUAUUAAUUUUACUUUCACAUAUGCCUAAGUAAAAAAUAUGUGCUACAGACCUGCUCCUCUCUGACCUCUGACCCGGCUGUAAGUCAGUGUUUUUCCACUGUAGCUCCUUUCAGUCAGCAUUAUUUGAUACGCAGCCCAGUGUGACUGAGCUGAGAUUUGUUUAUGGACCACCAUAAUCCACUUUUCCAGUGGCACAUGAAAUGUUCCUGUCAAAUAGCCGUGUGUUGUAAUUUAAACUGUUGCUGUUGUGGCAUAUGUAUUUAUGUUCCCCCAGAUUCUGAUGUAUAUGUAUUUUACUGUAGAUGGCAUUGUGUAUAAAGAGUUAGAACUUGGCUUGUUCUCUUUGUGUGACUGUAAUUUAUAUGCAGAGACAUUUGAAUCUGAAUCGUUUCCACCGGUGCUUUUGGUUUUCUACCCUGAUAUCAAUAUAAUGCCAUAAUACACUGGAGUUCUGAACACUACUGUAAAUGUUUCAACCCUCAGAUAAACACUGAUACUUGUUCAAUGCUCA